AAACGGGAGAGAGAGAGAGAGAGAGAAAGAGGGAGAUGUUGUAUUUAAUUAUCCAGACAUUUCGAAAAUCACGAAGAGAUCGGAGUUGCCGAUCUUUCUCUCCCUGGGCGUGUUGCAGCUGCCAAUCAUAGCUUGCCUGCCCCAACCAACGGCUAUGAUGGUGAUAUCUUUGUCUACCCACCCUUUCCUCACAAACACCGUGCUUGUUCAAACAUGCAGCUUCUCCGAAGUGGCAACAGAGUGCUUGGUACUGUAGCCAAAGGGAAUUAUCUUCACAAGGCUCCUGCUUGGUUGGGGAUGAAGCAUGGUCUAUUUAACAACCAAUCAACAAAAGUCCUUUCUCUUCAGUGCUCAGUGAGGCAUGUGCGGACAGCAUGCGAACACUCUAAUCUGGAGAUACCAUUGAAACAGCAAGAUAAAGCUUCUUUGGACUUCUUGAGGGACAAGAAGAUAGUGCCUCACUCAGAUCCACCCAGUAGCAAAGAUGUUGACCUUCUGCAUCAAUUUAUUGAUCAUAGUCGUCAGCUCAUGGUUUUGACUGGAGCGGGGAUAAGCACGGAGGCUGGGAUUCCUGAUUACAGAAGUCCUAAUGGAGCUUAUAGUACAGGUUUCAAACCAAUUACUCAUCAGGAGUUUGUACGCUCAAGCCGAUCCCGCAAGCGAUACUGGGCUAGAAGCUAUGCUGGAUGGAGAAGGUUCACUGCAGCACAGCCAGGUGCAACUCAUACUGCUCUAGCGUCUCUAGAAAAAGUCGGUCGAAUAAAUUUUAUGGUUACACAAAAUGUGGACAGGUUGCAUCAUCGUGCUGGAAGUGACCCACUUGAAUUACAUGGGACCGUUUAUACCGUAAUUUGUUUAAAAUGUGGUUUUUCCUUCAGCCGGAGUUUAUUUCAGGACCAAGUAAAGGCCCUUAAUCCAAAGUGGGCUUUAGCAAUUGAAAGCUUGGAGAGUGGAACUCCUGGUUCAGACAAGAGCUUCGGCAUGCAACAAAGGCCUGAUGGUGAUAUUGAGAUUGAUGAGAAAUUUUGGUUGGAAGAUUUCCAUAUCCCCAACUGCCAGCACUGCGAUGGAUUGCUGAAGCCUGAUGUUGUCUUUUUUGGCGAUAACAUCCCCAAGGAUAGAGCUGACAAAGCAAUGGAAGCUGCAAGAGGAUGUGAUGCGUUGCUUGUGCUGGGUUCAUCUUUAAUGACCAUGUCUGCUUUCCGACUUGUGAGAGCUGCUUCUGAGGCAGGUGCCACUGUUGCAAUCGUCAAUAUAGGAAAGACACGUGCUGAUGACAUUGUACCCUUAAAAGUUAAUGCUCGGUGUGGGGAGAUACUGCCCAGAUUGCUUGAUAUGGGAUGCCUUGCCAUACCUGCCACAGUCCAAUGAAGAAGAACUUGACCCCACUUCAACUAGCAGAUGAAUCAGUGUGCCAUGAUGAAGAUUCUACUGAUUCAAAAAAAAAAAAAAACAAGGUCUCAAAGGCUGUUUUUCUCCCAAUGCUUUCACAAGUGGGAUUCUGUUUGGGAGGUGUAUGAUAUUUUUGUUUCCAAAAGAUAACCAUGUGUGAUUCCAACACCAUUGGAUUUGAGGAAUCCAACUAUAAAAAGGAAACAUGAUGUAAACGUUUUUUUUC